UAUCACAAAUUUCUUGGCUCCUGGGAUCGGAAAGGCAAAGUGCUUUUAAAAGUUGAGAGUUGAGACAUGAGAGUUGAGAGCCAAUGCUACUAACAUUUACAUUUACAUUACACACUCAUUCGUAAAUGUCAUGACACUAAGCUAACUCCCCAAAAUGCAAACUAUUUCGUUCCCUCUCUUCGCUCCACACAUCUCCAUUCCCUGCGCCACCGCUCGCCGGACCGUUUCUUUCCGACCUUCCGCCACCGAAUCCACAUCCUCCAUCGCCGUCGACAACUCCCACGCACCCGACUCCACCGCCUUCGUGAUCCGCGCCCGCAACCGGAUCGGCCUCCUCCAGGUCAUCACCAGGGUUUUCAAGGUCCUCGGCCUCAGCAUCGACCGCGCCACCGUCCAAUUCGACGGAGACUUCUUCGUCAAGAGCUUCUUCGUCACCGAUUCGCAUGGCAACAAAAUCGAGGACUCCGAGAGCCUCGAGAGGAUCCAGCGGGCGUUGGGGGAGGCGCUCGGCGCCGGCGCCGGCGACGGGACGGUCUCGGCGGCGAGCCGAGGGAUUGUGGUGAGAAGGCCUGGGCUGGUGGGGGAGCGUGGUGCAAAAGCGGAGAGGAUGUUUAGCUUAAUGGACGGGUUUCUGAAGAACGACCCUCUCAGUCUUCAAAAGGAUAUUCUUAAUCAUGUUGAGUACACCGUCGCCAGGUCGCGCUUUAGUUUUGAUGAUUUUGAAGCGUAUCAGGCUUUGUCACACAGCGUAAGAGAUCGGUUGAUUGAACGCUGGCAUGAUACUCACAUUUAUUUCAAGAGAACAAAACCUAAGCGCCUCUACUUCCUUUCACUUGAGUUUCUUAUGGGUCGUUCCCUGUCAAAUAGUGUUAUCAAUCUUGGCAUCCAGGAUCAAUAUGCAGAGGCCCUAAGCCAACUUGGAUUUGAGUUUGAAGUUUUGGCAGAGCAGGAAGGAGAUGCAGCCUUAGGGAAUGGUGGCCUUGCUCGUCUUUCAGCAUGCCAAAUGGAUUCUUUAGCAACUUUGGAUUAUCCUGCAUGGGGUUAUGGGCUGCGUUAUGAAUAUGGAUUAUUUCGCCAGGUCAUAGUAGAUGGCUUUCAACAUGAGCAACCUGAUUAUUGGCUGAACUUUGGAAACCCUUGGGAGAUAGAGCGGAUUCAUGUAACAUAUGAAGUGAAGUUCUAUGGGACUGUUGAAGAGGUUGAUAUGAAAGGAGAAAAACAUAAAGUUUGGGUCCCUGGAGAGACGGUAGAAGCUGUGGCUUAUGACAACCCAAUACCUGGUUAUGGGACAAGAAAUACCAUCAACCUUCGACUAUGGGCUGCUAAACCUAGUAAUCAAUUUGAUUUGGAGGCCUAUAACACUGGAGACUACAUUAAUUCUGUUGUUAACAGACAAAGGGCUGAAACCAUAAGUAAUGUUUUGUACCCUGAUGACCGUUCUCAUCAGGGGAAGGAGCUGAGAUUGAAACAACAGUAUUUCUUUGUUUCAGCAUCUUUACAAGAUAUCAUCCGUAGGUUCAAAGAAGCACAUAGUAACUUUGAUGAGUUGCCAGAUAAGGUUGCUCUCCAUCUAAAUGACACCCAUCCAUCUCUUUCAAUUGCUGAAAUUAUGCGAAUAUUGAUUGAUGAAGAACAUCUCAGCUGGAAUAAAGCAUGGGAUCUUGUAUGCAAAGUUUUCUCUUUUACAACUCACACAGUGGUAGCUGAAGGACUAGAGAAAAUCCCUGUUGAUCUGCUUGGUAGCCUUCUCCCUCGUCAUUUACAAAUUUUAUAUGAAAUAAAUUUUAAUUUUAUGGAGGAGUUGAAGAAAAGGAUUGGUUUAGAUUACAACCGGUCGUCUCGGAUGUCAAUUGUUGAAGAAGGUGCUGUGAAGAACAUUCGAAUGGCCAACUUGUCAAUUGUUUGCUCCCAUACUGUGAAUGGUGUUUCAAAAUUACAUUUAGAUACGCUAAAAAUGAGAACAUUUAAGGACUUCUAUGAGCUAUGGCCUGAAAAAUUUCAAUUCAAGACAAAUGGUGUAACCCAGCGUCGGUGGAUUGUGGUGAGCAAUCCCAGUUUAUGUGCUCUUAUAUCAAAAUGGCUAGGAACUGAAGCUUGGGUACGUAAUGCUGACCUUCUGACAGGGUUGAGAGAUCAUGUUGACAAUAUUGAUUUCCAUCAAGAAUGGAAAAUGGUUAAAAAGGUCAAUAAAAUGAGGCUUGCUGAGUACAUUGAAGCAAUGAGUGGUGUGAAGGUCAGUUUGGAUGCAAUGUUUGAUGUUCAGGUGAAGCGAAUACAUGAAUACAAAAGACAAUUGCUUAAUAUACUUGGAAUAAUCCAUAGAUAUGAUUGUAUCAAGAACAUGGACAAGAAUGAUAGGAGGAAAGUUGUACCCCGUGUUUGCAUAAUUGGUGGGAAAGCAGCUCCUGGUUAUGAAAUGGCAAAGAAGAUUAUCAAACUUUGUCAUGCUGUGGCAGAAAAAAUCAAUAAUGACACUGAUAUUGGAGAUCUUCUGAAAUUGGUUUUUAUUCCUGAUUAUAAUGUUUCUGUUGCUGAAUUGGUAAUACCAGGGGCCGACCUUUCUCAACAUUUAAGCACUGCAGGACAUGAAGCAUCAGGAACUGGGAGCAUGAAAUUUUUGAUGAAUGGAUGUUUACUUUUAGCUACGUCAGAUGGAUCUACUGUAGAAAUAGUUGAAGAAAUAGGAUUGGAUAACUUGUUUCUCUUCGGUGCAAAAGUGCAAGAAGUUGCAGAACUGCGUGAAAAAGGAUCUACUUUAAAAGUACCUCUGCAAUUUGCUCGCGUGUUAAGGAUGGUUCGAGAAGGAUAUUUUGGCUACAAAGACUACUUCAAAUCCUUAUGUGAUACGGUGGAAAUCGGAAAUGAUUUCUAUCUCCUUGGCCAUGAUUUUGGGAGUUACCUUGAGGCACAGGCUGCUGCCGACAAAGCAUUUGUUGACCCAGAGAAGUGGAUGAAGAUGAGUAUCCUUAGUGUUGCUGGCUCUGGGAGGUUUAGCAGUGACAGGACCAUUCAAGAGUAUGCACAGAGGACAUGGAAAAUUGAUCCCUGCCGAUGCCCUCUCUGAUCUCUAAUGUACCACGUCACGAAGCUAACCAUCAUGAUACUAAUUGGCUAUAUCUGUAUUUGUAAAAUAAAGUCUUUAUUAGAAAUAGUUUUCUUUGGCCACGCCAGAAGAAACCACACAAUGAAAACUGUAAUGUUAGCUGCGGAUAUCUACACGUAAUGGAGUGGAAAUAAAUAAUAAGAUAACAAAUAUUGUUAUAUAUAAAUAAUUUGUUCUGAUUUUUCUUA